ACCUGCAAGGCAGAAGAAAGUAAUCAGGUCCCUCGCAGGAGAGAGAGGUAAUGAAAAAGAAGACGACGAUAUAAUACUUGCAUACAUACCUCCAGACCCAAGCAAAGAGUGUGUAGUGUGUGUGUGUGUGUGCACUGGUGAACAGUCGUCAGUCAGGCGCAUUCCUUUUGUCUUUGUAGUUGUAGCUGUGAGCUCCUUUCCUUCCUAGGCGUGGCAGUGAGAAACAUUAGUAGCCCCGAGAGCAAAAUCGGCUUACCACUGCUGUUGGUUUUCCUGUUUUGCUGCUGCCGGUGUGCUGGGAGAAACUGAGAGAAACUCGAGAGAAACUCUUUCGUUUCUCUUCAAAGUGUGUACUGAAAGUCGAGGCGAUGGUGGUCGUAGUGUUCUUUGAGCAUGUGGCUAGCCAGUGAGUGUGUGCAUCGAGCGUAGUGUCCGAGCCCUCCCGAGAAGUAGCGGCAGCAGCAGCAGCAGCAGCACUUUUUUAAGAGGAAAACGUUUUGAGUCGCGCACUGAUUGAUGCGGCCUAGUUUCGGGAGCCCCGAGUUGAGUCAGCGGUGGUGGUGGCGAUUCGCAGAUGCACGGGUGGCGCUGCUGGCGGCGGCGGUGUUGUUGUUGUUGAAGCAGCAACGAUUUCAAUGUGGCAGCAUCAGCAGCAGCAACAGCAGCACAAUUCCUUCCGGCUGGACAACAGGUUCGUCGUCAGAGAAUGCGAAGCUGCUGGCCUGUUAAGUCGGGCUGACUCUGCAACCAAGCUCGUCUCUCUAGCAACAACCGGGCUUGAUUCCUCCGGCUGGCAACGAGCCGCAGCCUUGGUCCAAAGCCCGCUUAGUGCCAACUCAGAAGGCAGCUCCACCUCCACUCCCGAUCAAUGUCCGCCUUCUCCAGCUCCGACUUUCUGUGAGAUGCCGAGCUCGCGCAAUGGAAGCUGCAAUAACCAGACUAGACAAAAGGAAAUGCAUCAGCAGCAUCAGCAGAUUGCGUGGAAUAAUCUACCUUCCCAGUCUCCCGCUCCAAAGUCCGCCUCAUUAUUGGAAGUGGAAGCCGAGUGUGCGAAGUGGUCGACUCGGGCUGAUAGUCUCUUCGACGAUCAGGCGCACGAUGCAUACGGCACUCCAAUUCUGAAUUCCAGUCAAGGCUAUGCGGUGGACGCGCUUCUCGUCUGUAGAACGGCGGAAUUAAUGUCUCGAAGCUGCUCGGAAGAUACUCAUCGGAGCUUGCAAAAUCCAGUUUUGAUGUCGCCGGGAAGCCGAGGCUUGAGUUCAAUGUACCAGGUUGAAAUGCAAGUCCCUCCGCCGGUGAUCAAGCACGAAGAGGAGUUCUUUCUCGGUGGCCGCAAUGGUCUGGUCAUCGACGAUAAGGUCCUGGCGCUCCAGAGGUCUUCCACCGCGACAAGUUCGUCCAAAAUCGGUAACUUUAUGGAUCUCUUGCGCCAAGCCGAUAGGCCAAUCCCGGAUGCCACAGCUGCUGCGAGUGCGAGUUGCAGUCACCUCGGUCAGCUCCUCAGCGGCAGCCAGGACACUCCGGAAAUGUGGCUUACGCGCUCCAGCAGGCUGCCUGCAAUGCUCUCGGAGGUGCUGCCGUCGAAUUCUGCAGGAAAAUCCACCGAGUCAUACGAAAGAAACAAACGAAAGACGACAGAUGUGGAUACUCGGGAUCGUGGUUCUACGGUACAGCUCCAGGAGGCCGUGAUCCCAAAGCACCAGGAUGACGAUGAACCUGCGACGAGUGACCGGGUACCGGGCCUCUUUGGAGGGGUUGCAAGCAGCAGCAGCGGCGAGCCCGAGCUGUUCUCGAAAAGACCCAAGCUUGAAAAUAGCAACUCCUUCCCUUUCAAGAUGCAGGUGAGGAAAGAGAAGCUUGGAGAGAGAAUAUCAGCACUCCAGCAAUUGGUCUCGCCAUUUGGAAAGACUGACACAGCCUCCGUAUUGCUGGAAGCGAUCGGGUACAUCAAGUUCCUGCACGAACAAGUCCAGGUGCUCAGCUCGCCUUACAUGAAACCAGCCGGGGUCAGUACGACGACACGGCAAACCGAGCAUGGAAAAAUCUGCGAGGACAGGCAAGAUCUCAGAAGCCGGGGUCUAUGCCUGGUACCGGUGUCCUGCACUUUACAGGUGGCUAACGAUAACGGAGCCGACUACUGGGCACCCACGCUCCACGGACUCAAGUAACCCGAAGAGGAAGAACACACACCGGACUCUAGGAACAAGCAGCGCAAACACUGAAGGACUCUCGGAGUUCUCAGCCAAAUUUUAGUGACGAAACUCGAGCUGACCAACUGAAAACUGUCUUGUACAUUCCGCAAAAGCAUGAUAGCAUGCAUCGGCAAUUGACACUGUAAUCACCUCACAAAAUAAAAGACUGACAGUGCGAGGAAAA